CGACAUAAAUAAUAAUAAUAAUAAUAAUAAUAAUAACAAUAAUUAUAAAAAAAACCAAACUUAGUUAGUAAGAAGUAGUUUUCCCAUUGUCAUCCUUCUUCCCCACCACUCACACAACACAAACCCACCUCCUCGAUUUCAUCAUCAUCUCCCAUCAAAUGCCCAAUAACUCCACCGCCACCACCGGCUCACCCUCCUCCGCCGGAACAACGAAUUUUCCGGCGACCGUAUUCCCCGGCGGGGGAGGAGUAGCCUCCAACUCUACCUUCACCCUCAUCGGACCUCCUCCGCCGUUCCCGGCGCCUCCCCGGAGCGUCGAUCUCUCUCCCCUCAAAUUCAUCCUCGCCGUAAUCGCCGUCAUCGCAGUCCCUGCCCUCGCUUACGCCCUCUUCUUCUCCGUUCCCUGCUCCUCCGGCCGCCGCCGCCGCAGAAGCUUCUCCUCCGACGACCUUCCUUCAUCGCCUCCGCCUCCGCCUCCGAGCCGCCGGAACUCCGGUGGCCGACGUAAGUUCAAGAAGGAGUCACAUUCGAAGGAGAUCGGAAACGAGUGUCCGGUUUGCUUGUCGGUAUUCGCCGACGGUGAGGAAGUCCGGCAACUGAGCACGUGUAAGCACGCGUUCCACGCUUCUUGUAUAGAGAUGUGGCUCGCCGAUCACUCCAAUUGCCCGAUCUGCCGAGCUACCGUUAACAUCAAACGGCAGGAGGGUAACGGUAACGGCAACGUUAACGGAAACCGUAACGGCGGUGGCGAUGCUGGCAACCGGCGGGUUCCGGCGAAUAACAGAGUCGACGAUUGGCAUCAAGGUCUUCCUGAUGCUUCCUAUUUAGUUUGACUUUUCUCUUCUUCGUUUAUAUUUUCCUUUUCCACUAUUGUUUUUGGCGUCUCUAUAGAUUGAGUGAGUGUUUUAUUCUUAGAAAUAAAUUCAAGUCUAUUUAAUUUUACAUUUUUCCUUGUAUGAAUUUAUUUGAUUGAUUAUCUGUAAUUUGUGUCUAUUUUUAUUCAUAUUGUCAAGUUCCGAUA